AUGAAUAACUUCUCUGUCAUGGCAAGUGACAAACCGCCAUCGCGCUGUGACAGUCGACGAAUCAUACAUGCAUUUACAGAAAUAGACUAUCUUUGGCCUAACAGCACAACACGGGAACUUGCACUUGGAAACGAACACUACAUUCCGCAUAACAACAUCAUAAGUGGAUUGAAGACUUAUCACAACGAUGUUUUCGUCACUGUUCCAAGAUGGCGGCGAGGCGUCCCUUCAACGCUCAAUAAAGUCGUUGUUAGGAACGGAACGUCGAUUCUUCAACCAUUUCCUAGCUGGGAGAUGCAGAAGAUAGGAGAUUGCCGGGCCCUUCAAUAUGUCCAGAGUAUGGAGAUAGACCCAAACACUGGCUGGAUGUGGAUCAUCGAUACCGGCAGAAUCAACUUUUUCGCCGCUGAUGGAACAGCCGCGCAAAAUCUCUGUCCUGCCAAAAUUGUGAUAUAUGACAUUAACAAAAUGGCAGAAAUUACCCGCCACGAGUUCCCCAAUCAUGUAGCAGACCGUAACAUCACAUUCCUAAAUGACAUCGUCGUUAUGUACACAGGAUCGCGUCCAAGAUACGCCUUCAUCUCGGACGCGCUCGCAUUCCGGAUGGUUGUGUACGAUAGGAUUCGUAACAGAUCCCACUUCUUCUCCCAUCCGUCCAUGUUACCCGAGCCAGGCAAUGGAAACAUCACCAUACUGGGAGAAACCCUACCCGUGUCCGCCGGUAUAAAUGGAAUGGCAUUGUCCUCGGACAUGAGAUAUAUCUACUUUGGACCCGUAUCAGGGUACAGUUUGUAUCAGGUCUCAACACGUGUUGCUCGUAACCCACGGGGAAGAUUUGCUAGGUCUGUGCGGAAGGUUGGUGACAAGCCUUCACAAGCAGCGGGAAUGGUUUAUAGCAGAAACAACUAUUUAUAUUUCCCUGCUCUUGGUUCGAAUUCGAUAUAUAGGUGGGAUAUAAAUCGAGAUAGAAAAAUGCAGCGAAAGCUCGUCCAAAGAGUCAGGAUGAAAUCUGUUUCUAAAAUAUUAUCCAGCAACACGUGCAUGAACUUCGUCGACAUUUUGACAUUCGAUACCGACGGAUACCUCUGGUUUACUGUUAAUAAACUCCAUAAGUACCUGCUGAAUACCAUGGAUUUUACCGGUAGAAGUGGUCCGAACGUGAUGAUCUGGAAGGUGUACGUUGGGGAGGUUGGGUACCUAGAUCGUAGACGAAAUGUUGUGUUAAAGGAUGUCGAUGUCAACGCCUUCCCUGAUGCACUUAGUCGAUUCUUCAAAUAUAUUUUCAGAUAUUUAUUUUCUGGUUACCAUCAUGUUUUGACUCUCACUUUUUUCAUAUCAGUCACGAUCGGUCAAGACGUUUGCAACAACAAUCAAAUCAUGCAUAAGAUCACGGUAGUUGAUUAUGACUGGCCAAGCGAAACGGUGCGUGAAGAUGCAAUUGAAAGCGAAGAAUACAUUCCGGAGAAUAAUAUUAUCUCCGGAAUAAAAGUCUAUGAAAAUGAAGUUUACGUCACCGUUCCAAGAUGGCGACUUGGUGUACCAGCGACGCUCAACAAGGUCGUUGUUAUAAACGGGACAUCGCUGUUACAGCCGUUUCCUAACUGGGAUAUGCAAGAAAUUGGAAACUGCGACGCCCUGCAAUAUGUUGAAAGUAUGGAGAUAGAUCCGAACACAGGAUGGAUGUGGAUCAUUGAUACAGGGAGAAUAAAUUUUAUGUCAACCGAUUGUACAGAAACGGAAAACCUUUGUCCAGCUAAAAUCGUCGUGUAUGAUAUCAACAAAAUGGAGGAGGUGACUCGACACGAGUUCCCUAAUGAAGUUGUGAACCGCAGGACAAACUACCUCAACGAUAUCGUUAUUCAAUACAGCGACAAUGAGCCUCGAUUUGCUUACAUUUCCGAUACACUUAAUUUCAAACUGGUAGUCUAUGACCUGAUCCAGAAUCUGUCCUAUUUCUACUCACACUCGUCAAUGUUACCACAACCAGGAAACGGAAACAUCACCAUUUUGGGAGAAAACUUUGAGAUUGCUGCUGGUAUUAAUGGCAUCGCGAUGUCACGUGACAUGCAACACCUGUACUAUGCUCCUCUCUCUGGUUACGCAGUGUAUCGGAUUCCCACGAGUGUUACCUCCGUCCCAGGGACAGAUUUCGCGGGAUCCAUUCGGAAAGUUGGAAAUAGACCCUCUCAGACAGCAAGUAUGAUAUACAGUAAGAACAAUUUCUUGUACUUUGCCUCUCUAGCUGAAAAUGCUAUAUAUAGAUGGAAUAUGGACUAUGAUAGAACCUAUCAGGGUUUAGACGAUUAUGAUGACGUGGAGAUGAGAACUCUGACGAAUAUCAUGUCGGACGACACCUGUAUGAACUUCGUUGAUGCUUUCAGUUUUGAUUUCGAUGGGUUUUUAUGGUUUUCUGUAAACAAACUACAUAAGUUUCAAUUGGAUUCGAUGGAUUUUACUGGCAGUAGUGGUCCAAAUGUUCUUAUAUGGAAAGUGUACAUGGGAGAUGCUGGCUAUUUGGACAGGAGGGAGGAAAUUACAACAGCCAACAGCGGUAUGGACACAACAUCUGACAACACCCUGACAGCGUCAGAUGAAUGUGUGAUGUCACUGAAGUGCUGGCACUGUAUAGCUGAUGACUGUGAUAAGGACCCAGGUGGGAACUACAAGGCCGUGGAGAGGACUUGUGAAGUUGGUCAAUACUGUCAGAAAAUAUUCUUCGAAAUGUUCAGUACUACUGAUAACCGGAAGUACAAGUCUACGGUACGCGGCUGCGCAUGGGACUGCCUCAAUCAGAACGAUUUUGCUAAUUGUACACGUGACAUGUUUUCGUCACGUGGUUGCAUUGAGAAAUCCUGCUGUGCGGACAAGGACUUGUAUCCAUUACAUACGGCCAAUGUCCACAAGAGAUGGUUUUUACCCAGUGAACUUUACAACAAAAGCAUGGUGUAUAUCUUUGGACACCGUCGCUAA